UAGCUGGCAGUUGAAUUUGGGUAUGCUUUUCAUCCAAACGUGAAAAUGCUGCCACCUAUCCUAGAGAAGUUAAUGGAUGGAGCUUGUUGUAGAUGGGGCAGUGCUUAUUCAAAUCCACUUGUUUCUUCUUAUCCCCCGUGUUUUCAGUGGAAGACACUGUCUUGUGGACAGAUAUCGUCUUCCCAUGUCUGUCUUGCUUGUCUCUUCUGACAGGUGCCGCAUGGGAGGAGAAGAGGUUAAAGCUGGGGUCUGUCCUGACUUUGGCUUCUCUACGGAUAACAUUGGCGAACACCCAGAAUGAAGGGAAGAGCUCAGGUUACUGUGACAGACCUCGAGGACCUGCAGUCUCUACUCCAAGUCAAUAUCCAAGACAACCAGGAACUUGUCAGCAGUGGAUCCAUCGAAGCCAAGGUACUAAAAUGGGGUGAAAAUUUGUCAGAGUUUCUACCACACCCACAUUUUAUCCUGAUGGCGGACUGCAUUUAUUAUGAACAGUCCGUGAAGCCACUGGUGGAAACCCUGAAGCACCUGGUUGGACCAGAGACCACCAUCAUAUGCUGCUAUGAGCAACGCACAGUGGGUGUCAACCCCAAAGUGGAGAAACAAUUUUUUGAGUUGCUUCUACAAGACUUCCAGUCUGAGGAGAUCCCUUUGAACAAGCAGGACCCAGAGUAUAACAGUCCUGAUAUCCGCAUCCUUCACAUUCGCAGAGCUGUCUGAGUGAAUGAGUGAGUGUCUUGUGUAUAUGUGGUUGUCAGGGUUGUGGUAUACAAAUGAUUGAAUUGCACUCAUGUACAGUUCACAUGGGAAUUUAAAUGGAAUGGACCCCAGGGGAGAGCACUAAUGUUGAAAGAACUCAUUUGAAAAUCCUUUAUCGAUAUAUCCAUGUUGUCACAGUACGGACUAUGAGUUUUACCAGACUGUGAUACUCAUUGCACCAUGAUUCUAAAACAAAUCCCAGUUAAUUAGAGGUAGACUUCACGAUAUGACAAAGUAAACAGCAUAGUGGAUCAAUUUCCGCAGCAGCGAAGAGUGUUGAAGCGUUUCUCAGCUAAACUUCUCAGCUGUUUUGGUUCCGUAUAGCGAGACGCAAACUCAUAUACACGUGCAGAUACUGUGUGUGACUGUGGGAGCGAAGUCUUGCAUCUUGCUUAUCGCAAUAUAUGUGGUGCUGAACGUGGCAACGUCAUUUCGCUGGGUCUACCUUUGAAAAGGAAAAUAAAACAUUCUCCUUCAGAACAUGUUUUUCUCAUUGCAGUAUUUAACUGUUGGAACACAUUUGUGGGAUGAUUAAGUUAAUUUUUAAUAAAAGUUCAUGAAAUAUAAUUUUAGCUAAUUAAAGUAUGUCAAAUACACUGACUAUA